AUGGACACUGAAAUAGCAUUUGUGGGUAUUGUAGUUGAUGUUCGUCCAAAAAGGAAAAUUCCGAACAUAAAUGUAGAUUCAACUGUCCAGGCAUUGUUCUUGUUAAUGAAAGUUAAGUUGCAAGCAAUUGUAUUAACUAUCUGGGACAAUUUUAUAGACCGUGAAGGAGCUGAGAUUGCUGACUGCCUUAUGAAAAAACCAAUCAUUGUCGGUAACCAUUUAAAGGUGACGUCAUUCAAAGGAAUAUCAUUGUCCACAAAAGCAAAUAGCUCAAUCUUCAUAGAUCCAAAGUUUGAGAAACUUGUUGAACUGAGAAAAUGGACAGAAAGAAACAAGGAAAUGUUGACAGAGAUGAUAGUUCAGAAGACGUAUGAUCUACCAAAUACUUCCACUAUUCCACUUCCUCUGAAUGGCAGAGUCAUCUACAUCAAGGAUCUUUUAGAAAACACAUCAACGCGCAAACCAUUUUGGAUCAGGGGAAAGUACAUGCAUGCAAGAGCAAUUCCUAGAGCAAGGUGCAGCGUUAGCAUUGGAGAUCACACUGGAAACAUUACUGCAUCGUUAUUCGGUAAUCUAGCUGAAAAAUUCUUACAUCUUCCAGCUGAGAAAAUAAUGAAAGAUAAUUUAAUGCCAUAUCAUAUCAUUGGUGAUCAUAAGUCUAACUAUUCUUCAGUGUGGCAAUUCGCCGACGAAGUGAGGUCAGCAGCCCCUUGGAUUGGAUACAUGAUAGAGGAUGACAAAACAUUUGGCUCAUCAUCAUCUGAAACAUUAUGGGAUAAAGGACUGCUGACAAUGUAG